AUGGACAUUAAAGCGGAGUCGUUUGUCAGCGGAGCUGGCGACUUUUUCGACAUCCCAGCAGCAGAGCAAGAGAUCACAGUUGGCCCCACUGAACAACCUCCCGUACCAACUGUUGGUUCAACUCUUGUACAAAACAUUGUAACAGCACCGAAUGAAGGUGUAUAUCAGCCUGUUGGUCCUUCAGUCGUCAGGGUAACUGGAACCCCUCAGACGUCCCGUGGGCCACGUGUGAUCAUGGUCCAGCGUUCCAGUCAAGGCGGUUUAACCUCUACUCCUUCCGGCCAGGGUCUUAAAACUGUUAAAAUCAUUACAGUUCCUGGUCAGGGUGCCGGGGGCAAGCCAAUUAAAGCUGCCGUUAUCCCUAUGCACAUGCUCCAGAGAGGUGUUAAAGUGCUCACCUGCUCUGGCCAGCAAACAAUUGGCCCGGGCGGAACAGUACUUACCUCAGGUGGAGCUGGCUCACCUAGUGGAACACCUCGUGUUUUGGCAUUGCGUACCGCUGGUCAGAUCACCGGUCAAUCAUCAGGAAAUUUGACUUUCUUGGGAACUCCUGGAACCCACAUUCGACCGGGCACGUUUAUAGUUUCAAGCGGACCCGGACAUGCUCGCGUGACGCAAGGCUUUACGUUGCCUCAACAGCUACCGCAACAAAUUGGUGAGGAGGUUGAAAACUCGUUCUUACCUGGUAGUGGUCCUGGCACUGAGGGCUUUGCCCAACCGAGUUUUCUCGAUCUUUCUGCUGCAACUGCUACUGGACAUCCAGCCGCUGCGCAUUUCACUCGUCAGGCUAGUCCAGGCGGGCACGAAUCUGACGGUGAACAGGACCACGUAACUACUGGAUUAAAAACAAAUGGUCUGCGUCGUUACGCCCGGUGUGUGUGUAAUAAAGUAAAGGAGAAGAGAGUCACAUCCUAUAGCGAAGUUGCUGACGAACUUGUUCAUGAAUAUGCUGCAGAACAUCCUAUGAUCCCAUCUGAGCAGCUCCACUACAUCCAAAAGAACAUUCGCCGUCGAGUCUAUGAUGCCCUUAAUGUACUGAUGGCACUAAAUGUAUUGCGGAAGGAAAAAAAGGAGAUUCAUUGGGUUGGGUUGCCAGUCAAUAUGAUUGAAGAGUGUCGAAGACUGGAGGAGGAGCGCGAGAAGCGACAAAUUUCCUUGAGGAAUAAGACGGCGGAGAUUCAGGAGUUGAUUCUCCAAUUGAUCGCUUUCAAAAACCUCAUCACUCGCAACCGGUUGAACGAGCGUUAUCAGCGACAGCGUCAAGCCCAGCGGGAGGCAAACGAGGCGGCGGCAGCCUCCGGCGUUUCUCCCAGAAAAUCACCUGCUAGCUUGGACAAAAGUGUUGCCGCACUCGUUCCCCAACGCCUUGACCGUAUCCCUCUGCCUUUUCUUGUGGUUUCAGCGAACAGAAAGGCUGUGAUUGAUUGCAAUAUCUCCAAAGACAAGUUAGAGUAUCUCUUCAACUUUGACCAGCCAUUUGAGCUCCGUGACGAAGUGGACACGUUGAAGAGGAUGGGGCUCACUCUGCGGCUUGGCAGCCCACAAUGCACUCAAGAGGAGUACAAUCAAUGCCUUGAACUUAUUCCUCCAUCACUUAGGUUUUAUGUUGAAGCCAUUUACGAACGCCGUCAGGCUAUUGUUCCCGAUUUCGAAGCUCUUCACCAGCAACGGCGUCUCUUUGUCGAAGCUCGUUUGGCUGAAGUCGCAGGUGCAGGUGGUCCUAAUGCAACAUCUGCUGGGGUGGCGGAAUCCCAUCAUCAUCCCCAACAUCACACCAGACGUUUCGGUGAUGAUUUCUUUGACGAUGAAGAAGAAGAGGUGGAUGGAGGAGCUAGUAGUGGAGCUACGGCUACUGAGCAGAUCCACCUCCAGCGCGCAAAUACCACCGUUCCACCCGUUACCGAGAUAACCCCUGGAGAUACCCAGCACUACGCCAGGACAGCUGCCUCUCGUGGGUUCGUGGUUCCUGGUGGGCCAGGAGGCAUGCUACGUCAUUCAGCAAAUAGUGUUCACCGGGAGGCUGUCAAGCUUACUGUCAAGGGCUCUACCGGGGAUCCUUCCGAAAAUGCCUCGGCAACGGCCGCGAUCAGCGUAGGCAGCGCUCCUGUUGGUGGCGGCGGUGGUGGUGGGCGUUUAUUUGACGUCGGGGAAGAGGAGUCGGAUGUGGAUAUGGGUGAGGGGGAAGAAGAUGACGAUGAGGAUAUGGAAGACAUUUUUUCGCCAUGGGAGACGCCACAGAACACAGUAACCAUGUGCGUAGAAGGUACAUCCAAUGCCCCGAUCAAAACUACAUUUUCUAGAAAGUUAUCUUGGUCGUGUGAAUCUCCGCCAAAAAAGAAGGGAUCAAUUGAUUUUGCAGACCAAGGAUCCAGUCCCUCUAAGCGCCCACCGUGCAAAUAUGGCUCUAAUUGUUACCGGAAAAACGACCUCCACUUCCAGCAGUAUUGGCAUCCGGCGGACACAGACGCCUCACAUGAUCCCCCUGAAGUAUCCUCCAUGGUGGAACUCGGAUCAGGCUUCGGGUUUUACGUAUAUCGUGUACGUGGCGUGAAAUAUGAGUCAAUUCCAACCAUCACUCUCUCAGUACAACUAUCAGUAACUUUAAGGUCCCUGCCUUUACUGAUUGUUCACGGGUCUUCUGACGGACAACGUGAUUUGCUCAGAAUACAAACCGCUUGUUGGAGUAAUGUCUCCGUAAUCGAGGUGAGCCGACGGGUGGCCACGUGCGAGAACGACCUCCCCCGCCACCUCACUCCGCCACAUGCGACUCACAUGCGAACGCGACACCCACGAGACGGCGCAGCGGGUCGCGGUGGUUGCACCGGCGGUGCGCCCGAGGGGGUGUUGGAGAAAUUCGCUGUUCCGCGUUCAUGGCCGCUAAUUGGUCAGUUUUCGUCAAUUGGGUCUCUUGGAGCCCAGCCAAGUAAAUGGCUCACUACGGAAUGGUCCAGCAGUUUGGCCGGCUGGGGUGCUCGUGGCAUCAGAUUGGCAACCCACAUUCAACCCGGUUCUUUCGCACCUUGGGCCGGACGAACGACCUCUAUUUACCCCUCAGUGGAUGACGUCCGAAACAGCCUGGAGGGUUACCAGGCGGGCGGCUGUUUGCCCUACCGGAAGGAGGUUGCGGCUCGGCAGCCCUGGCUGCGCCAAUUCCUUCACUCGUGGGUGGGCGCCUCUGCCGGUCUGACAAAAGCCAUCCCUCACAUCAAAUCUUACUGCCGCUGUUCGCCAGAUGGACAACAGAUCAGUUGGUUCCUUCUUACCAGUGCAAUCAAAUUGGGAGCUCGUAAGAUUUACCAUGCAGAGUUCAGAGGUUUAGUGGAAUCAGAAUGUCCAGUAACCUUGUCUGAUAAUUAUGGAAAAAUGGUUUUUCUUUUUAGCGCUAAUCUUUCAAAGGCGGCCUGGGGAUGCUUUGAGAAAGACAAGUCCCAGCUUCUGAUUCGCUCUUAUGAAUUAGGCGUGCUUUUUACUCCUGAAAUGGACGAAAAGGAAAUUGAAACACCUCCGAAACUUCAAAAUUUCCCUGUUCCCUAUCACCUCCCUCCUGUUCCUUAUGGUCACUCAGGUAUGUAA